AAAGGCAGGGGUGGCUGCAGUCAGCACCAUGCCAGGCCUGCUGCAGAGGGGGGCUCUGCCCUGGGCACUGCUGCUGCUUCUCUUAGACUUCCAGCUCCUGCUGACCCAUGCCUGGCAUUUCCAUGAGCAAAGGGACUGUGACGAAUACAAUGUCAUGGCUCGUUACCUCCCCGCCACAGUGGAAUUUGCCAUAUACACCUUCAACCAACAGAGCAAGGACCACUACGCCUACAGACUGGUGCAAAUCUUGAAUUCCUGGAAGGAGCAGGUGGAGUCCAAGACCGUAUUCUCAAUGGAGCUCCUGCUGGGGAGAACUAGGUGUGGGAAAUUUGAAGAGGACAUUGACAACUGCCCUUUCCAAGAAAGCCCAGCGCCAAACGAUACUUUCACCUGCUUCUUCACCAUCAGCACCAGGCCCUGGAGGACACACUUUGGCCUCCUGAACAAGACCUGCCUGGAAGGAUUCCACUGAGGGAAAGCCACUCCCAGGCCUGGCUGUGUACCGCUCCCACAUUCUGUGGACAUCAGCACUUCUCUCCUGAUGACUCUUCAGUGACGGACCAGCUCUGUACUUGCUUGUUAUCCUGUUUUGCAAGCGUGUGAGAUCUCAGACCAGUGUUUUAGAAAAUCCACACAUCUUGAGCCUAUUCAUGUGGUACAGAUCAUUAAACAUCAGCAUGUU